CCGGCGACCUGGCGUGGAGGCUGGCUGCCGGGUGUCUGUCUAGUGCAGGUCCCUAGUCUAGUGUUUGGGUUCGGGUUCGGCCCAUUCCAUUCAGCCCAACGCGGAAGGGAGGCUGCAGAAACAAGUGCGGAGUUGACAAACUGAGCUAAUUAAGCUCCGCGUCAACGGGUAGUCAAGGUAGACGGAGCUAAAGAAGUACGUACUCGCCUCCGCCGCGUGCCGUCGACCACAAUCCCACAGCGAUGCGCGUGAAGCGACCUCAAUCCCACAGCGAUGCGCGUGAAGCCCAAACAAGAUUCCCCGACCAGCAAUCCUGCCCGUCUCACGACCUCGGGACGCGUAGGUCUUGGUCCAGAUCUUCUCUUCGGAUAGUAUAUCGCGCCCUCGCUUGAGCCAGCUCCACUCACCCCGCCCCCACUCGAGUUACGUCCAGCAUGGGCGCCGCCGUCGGGAAGCCGGCGUUCGGCGUCACGGUCGCGCCGAGGACGCACGCGGAGGAACGGCUCGCCGUCGCGGAGCACGCCCUGCUCCAGUGGACCCGCUCCCCCGGCGCCGACUCCGGCGUCUGGGACGCGGACGCGAGCUACACCAACAGGGGCCUCCUCGCCGCGGUCGACGACGUGCUGCUCCUGGCGGAGGAGGACCCAUUCCCGCUCCCCGGGGCCUCGUCCGCGCGCCGCCGCCUGGACAGCGCCGUCGGCGCCGCCGCGUUGCGCAUGGUGGAGGAGUUCCUGCGCGUCAGGGUCUGGGACGCCUCCCCGCUGCGAGUCGCCGUCGACGGGCUCACGCUGGCGUCCAGCGGCAUGUCGCUGCUGGUCUUCCCCAGCGCCGGCGACAGGACCAGCGAGGCGAGCUCCGGCGGGGAGGUCGACGCGUCCUACGGGACCCGGUCGAGGGCCAGCUCCGGCGUGCCUGACGAGGUCGCGGCCCUGUUGGAAGGCGAGGUCUGGGAUGAGCUCGAUCUCGUCCGCCCUGCGGGCGUGUCCGUCCUCCACGAGAUCGCCCUUCGGAUGGUCCGCGCUGGCUGCACCAAGGAGCUCUUCCGGGCGUUCGCGAACGCUCCCUGCGAUGUGCUAGACAGGUUCUUGUCAAUUCUUCGGGUGGAGUGCUCGCAGCGGACGACGGAGGCCGUGAUCAAGCGGUGGACGACGGUGACGAAGAUCAUCGGGAAGGCCAUAGUCGCCAUGCGGAGGCAGCUGUACGAGCAGAGUCCAGGCGCCUUCGACAGUUUCAGGGAUGAAUACUUGCUGGCCAUCGCAGAGAACCGCAUCCUGAUCCUGCUCGAGUUCGCCAACGGGUUCACCUCCAUCACAUCGCACGAGAAGCUCGUAUACAUGCUCGGCAUGUACGAGGCUCUCAGCGACGCCGCGCCCAGCCUCCUGCUCUUGUUCAACGGGGCGCGCAAGGAGCUCGUCGCUGAGCGGACACAGGAUAUCCUCACCAAAUUGGCCGACGCGAUGAAGCUUAUGGUCAGCGGCGUCGUGGCCAAGGUCCAAGGCGACUGCCCGCGCACGCCGAGUGCGGCGGGCGGCGUCCACCCGCUGGCACGCGAAGCCAUGAGCUGCGUGGAGCUGCUGGCGAGGCACCGCACCACGCUGGAGUUGAUCCUCGCGGACGGCGGCGAACGCGACGCCCCCGCGGGCUCCCUCGCCGCCGGCCUCGUCGCGGAGCUGAUCGCAGGCCUGGAACGCAACCUGCAGCGGAAACUCGCGGUCGCCUGCGCGGACGCGGGAGGCUCGCGGCACCUCUUCCUGGCAAACAACAUCAGCUUCAUACUGAGCCGCGCCGCCGACGCCGGCGGCGUGGCGUCCCUGCUCGGGGAUGCGUGGGCCGCGCGGCGCCGGGGCCGGCUCGCGCAGCACGUAGCGAGCUACGUCGAGUCGUCGUGGGGGCCGGCCGUCGCUCUCCUGGAGACGCCCGUGUGUGGCAGGGGCAAGCCGGCGAAAAUUCUGGCGGAGUUCAACGCCGCGUUUACCAGAGCGCGCGACAGCGAGGUGUGCCGCCAGGUUCCGGAUCCCACGCUCCGAGCGGCCCUGCGGAAUGCCGUGUCGGAGAUGGUGGUUCCUGCAUACUGCGCGUUUCUGCAGAAGCACCCCAAGGUUGGGACAUCCGUCAGGUACACGGCUGAUGAUGUGACCGAAUCCUUGUCGGAAUUGUUCGAAGGAGAAGCCGCGGAUGGCAGGAAAUCCUAGAGUUUUUAAGCAUGUACAGUAUAUAAGUACAUCUUCAGAGUGUACUGAACUGUCAAAAAGCCUUACCUUCUGUGCCAGUUUUGCCAGUUAGUUAUGUCACUCAGUGGCGGCACACUGGUUCCUUGUCAUCUAGGAAUAAUCUGAACAUGGAAAAUAUGGACGAGAAAUAGUAGCA